AUGUGUGCAUUAGGAAGUGAUGGGGCAUCUGUCAUGCUUGGUAGAAAAGGAGGUGUUGCAGCAUUGCUGAAGGAGUCUGUUCCAACCUUGAUUGCAAACCACUGUGUUGCCCAUAGGUUGGCUUUAGCAAGCUCCCAAGCUGCUGCUGCUGUCCCUUAUCUGAAGAAGUUUAAGGCUAUUGUGGAACAGCUGUACAGAUUCUACCAGUACAGUGCAGUCAGAAUGGCAGCACUUCAUCACAUUCAGGAAAUUCUCCAGGAGCCAGUUAUCAAAAUUACAGAGGCAAAAGAUGUUAGGUGGCUUUCCCAUGACAAAGCUGUCCAAUCUAUAAGGAGAUGCUCUCCUUCAAUCAUCACAAGUUUGGAGAGAGAAGCCAAGGAGAGAGGAGAUGCCCAAGCACUAGGCCUGGCCACAUUUGUACAGAAGUUUGACUUCAUUGCAACUUUGUACAUGAUGUGUGAUUUGCUGCCACCACUAUCACAACUGUCAAAAGCCUUGCAGAGAAAAGAUGCAGACUACACAGUAGUGAGACCUCUUGUGACUGGAACUAUAAAGACCAUCCAAUCAUUUAAAGAAAGGCAUGGGGAAAAUUAUGCUUCAGUGAGGAAAGUGAUGGAUGAUUUAAUCAAAGAAAACUUCAAAGUCAAGAGUCCAACAGAGGAGGAAUUUGAUAAAUUUGAAAGACAGGUCUACUUUCCAUACAUUGACCAUGUGGUGGAGAAUUUGGAGAAGAGGUUUCCAGAUUUACCUCUGUUGGAAAGCUUUUCUGUGUUUGACCCCAACAGUGUUCCAGAAGAUCCAGAAGAAGCUGAGGGUUAUGGCAGGGAGCAAAUAGGGAUCCUUUCAGACCACUUCAAAAUGGAUCUGGUGCCAUUAAGUCAGGAGUGGAGGCUACUAAAGAAUACAAUUAACACUGAUGACAGCCUCAAGUCUCUAUCUGCCAGUUUGAUCAUGCAGCAAUUGGCUGGCAAGUUAGCAGCAGGUUUUCCUCUGUUGUCAAGCCUAUCAGCUGUUGGCUUAUUAUUGCCUACAUCUACUGCAGAUUGUGAAAGGGGAUUUUCAACCCUAAAGAGGAUCAAGACAGAGUUGAGGAACAGGCUAUCAAAUAAGAUAACAAACUGUCUUGUGACUAUAUCCCUAGAAGGAGAAGAGAGUACAGAGAUAGAUAUUUCUGAAGCUGUUCAGCACUGGAAGACCCAAAAGAACAGGAGGAUCUUUUCUUGA